AAUCCAAGCACGUGUUGCAAGGUAAGGAAACUGAACAUACAACACACGAACUACGAGGCAGUAGCAUCAUCGUCACGAACUAGGAGGCGGUACCAUCAUCAGCAUGCCGACGGCGAGGCGCCCCUGGUCCACGCAGUACGGGGAGGACUUCAAUAAACUCAAGUGGAAAACAGCCAAAAAUCAACGGCCUAAAAGCGUGCGGGUGACGUUCAGGCCCCAGGUGUGUCAGGAGACGAGCUAUAACACCCGCGAUGGGCAGCCGGCGUACGGUGGCGAGUUUCCGGGCCUCGAGGACCCACUGCCAACCAGUAUCCAUGACGUCACUGUGCCUCUGACGUCACGCCUUAAUUAUACCCAUAUGCAAGAGGAGUACCGCCCGCUGUCGCCGGAUAUUGACGUCUACAAUCCUCUGUCAAAAGCGGAACCGCAAGUUCCCGAACCCGUGGAGCUGCGUAGUAAGACACCGGAUCUGCAUUGGAUCUGCUGGAAAGAGCACAAGUCGACGACCCGCCGGCCGUACUCGUCCCAAGCGCUUGCACCACCAAGUCACCUCUCCCCCCGGGGGUAUGAACAUAAAGCAGACGGACAACCAGUAACGUAUAACCCCGACAUAAAGUCCUGGACAAACGCUUCUAACGAUAACGAACGACAGGCAGUUGCCGCCAUGUUUAAGCUACAGCGGAGCCGCUCCUUCUACGAACCGUCCCGGCAGCACUUCACGUCCAUCUCCGUGAAUGAUCCACCCGCUCGGGACACGUACACGGGAUACGGCGGGGCGAACCCCGACCCCCGCAGCAUCUACCAGCAGUCGUUUUUCCCCUACCACCAGGCCGGGGGUGCCGGAGCCAGGGAGGGGGUCCUCGUGCAAAACCUCGCCAAGGAACUCAACGGGAAGGAGCCUGCGCCGUUCAACCACCAGUACAGCUUUAACCAAUACCCAUUACACAUGCGCAAGAAUAAGAGGACGGCGGCGGCCACGGACGAUUACGUGCACGAGCAGAGCAUGUUCAUGCGCACGAACCCGUCAUGUUCGGGCCACUUCAUAAUCCACCCUGACUGGGUGUCGGAGCGCUCCGGUUUGCGCAGAUCCAACUCUAUGAUCCUAGCACGUCGGAGCAAGAAUGAGGGACUACGAUACUAGCACUGCCGCAAUGAACUACACAUGCUUGUCAUAUAAUCAUACCUCCCUGCACCACACUUAUCCCUGUUUGACUGCCAAUGGUAUCUCUGUGCUUCUCGGUACUGCUGUGGGUUUCUAAAGGGACAUGCUUCAUACUCCCAAGUCACUCGGACACACGUUAUCCGGAACCCAGGCUUCCUAGACCGACCGGAAAUGGGGCACAAGCAACCAUUACUCAAUCCCGCCACGUCUUUCUGAUGUCCCCUGUUUCAGUACGUGUUUGUUGGUUGCUUAAUAGACAUAAAAGCAAUUCGUAAAUAGUUUUUUCUGGCGUUGGGUUAUAUACUUGGUGUUAAAUGCGUUCACGCUGUUUUAUCUUACUAAUUGUUAUUUAUUUUUAUACAUGUAUGUUUUGUCUCCAAUUUUACCGUAGCAGUAUUAUAACCAGGUAUCUGGCAUUUCGAGCCAUUAUUGAACUGCUAAUUAUCUGGUCUCUUUUUGCCGUGAUGUGUUUAAUAUAUGCAUGUUCGUCACUCAUUUCUUUCAAUCAAGGUACAUACAUGCCACCAUACUGUUAGUAAGGGCAAUUCGAGUUGUCUUUCCGAUGUGAUGUAUUGUAAGCACUAUUUCAUUAAUAAAUUUUUACGAUGUUA